CUCAGCUCCCCUCCGUCCCUUCUCGUGGAAAGGCUCUCGAGCGUCCCUCGCGCAGCUACCAUGGUGCACUGGACCGCCGAGGAGAAGCAGGCGAUCAUCACCCUUUGGGCCAAGGUCGACAUGGCCGAAAUCGGCUUGGCAACUCUGGCUAAGACGUUGGUGGUGUACCCCUGGACCCAGCGCUUCUUUGCCCACUUUGGGAACCUCUCUAGUGCCAGUGCCAUCUGUGGCAACCCCCAGGUCAAGGCCCACGGCAAGAAGGUGCUCACCUCCUUCGGGGAGGCCAUCAAGCACCUGGACAAUGUCAAGGAGACCUUUGCCAAGCUGAGCGAGCUACACUGUGACAAGCUGCACGUGGACCCUGAGAACUUCAAGCGUUUGGGGAACAUCCUCAUUAUCGUCCUGGCUGGCCACUUUGGGAAAGAGUUCACUCCGUGCUGCCAUGCUGCCUUUCAGAAGCUGGUCAAUGUGGUGGCCCACGCCUUAUCCCUCCGGUACCACUAGACUUCCUGGUGGGCGAAGCAGCCACCUGCCCUGCCCCGCCUGCCUCCAGAACCCCCUCUUAGCCCACAGGUGACACAGUAAAAGCCCUUCUCUCCAGAGCAAA